UGGCGGCGGCCCCGGUGCGCUCGCUCCCAGCGCGCGUCGUGCUGUGCUCUCCUGGAGCGCGUGCCUGUGUUGUGGCCGCGCACCCUACUCAGCACCCCCCCUCCUCCCCCUCUCUCUCCUAAACACAGACAGAGCAGACGCAGACAUGGCGGUAGUGUGAAGCGGUGGAGAUUCCCCCCUUCUGUAUAAUAUCAUGCAUCUCCUACAGCCCUCUGCAAAGUGCUGAAGUGUGGCCUCGUCACUCGGACACAAAGAGAGAGAGAGAAUGGCGGACCGCAGCAUUGAUAGUCUGCCUCUUCCUCUCGAGGUGAGGGCGAAGCUGGCCGAGCUGGAUUUGGAAUUAUCCGAAGGAAGUGAUGCAAAGGAAUUUCCUAGGCACGUCUGCGAAGAAGCAAGGCACAAUGGCAUCGCCCUGUUAUCCAAAUAUCCAAGUGAGCUGCACGCAAUUACUGACAACACCUUUGUUCAACUAGAUACAAAAUCUAACUAUAAUGGAGACAUCACACAAAAAGGCUACGAGAAGAAGCGAUCCAAAUUGCUUGGGGCUUACCUACCACAACCUCCAGGAGUGGAACCUUCACUACCACAAGAGCGUCGAACACCAGUCACACCAUCAUCCUCCUCCAGAUACCACCGUCGCCGGUCAUCAGGGUCACGAGAUGAACGUUACAGAUCAGAUGUUCACACAGAGGCAGUGCAAGCUGCUCUUGCCAAACAUAAAGAGAGAAAAAUGGCAGUUCCUAUGCCAUCGAAAAGACGGUCUCUGGUGGUGCAAACCUCAAUGGAUGCCUAUACACCUCCAGAUACCUCAUCUGGUUCAGAAGAUGAGGGAUCAGGGCAAGGUGAUUCCCAAGGAACCCCCUCCUCCAGCCAAGGCAGUCUGAAUAUGGAACACUGGAUAAGUCGAGCAAUCCAUGGGUCCACCACAUCUUCUACCAACUCCUCCUCUUCUACACAGAGCGGUGGAAGUGGUGCUGCUAAUGCACUGGCUGAUGUCAUGACACAAACGCACAUCGAAAACCACUCUGCACCUCCAGAUAUCACAACUUAUACAACAGAGCACUCAAUACAGGUUGAACGUCCCCAAGGAUCGACACCAAGAGCAGUCCCAAAGUAUGGAAAUGCUGAACUAAUGGAAACUGGUGAUGGAGUACCAGUAAGCAGCCGAGUCUCUGCAAAGAUCCAGCAGCUUGUAAACACCCUUAAGCGGCCAAAACGCCCUCCAUUACGAGAAUUCUUUGUUGAUGAUUUUGAAGAAUUACUGGAAGUUCAACAGCCAGACCCUAACCAGCCAAGACCAGAGGGAGCACAAAUGCUUGCCAUCAGGGGAGAGCAGCUGGGAGUAGUAACGAACUGGCCGCCAUCCCUGGAGGCAGCUCUUCAGCGCUGGGGUACCAUUUCUCCAAAGGCACCUUGUUUGACCACCAUGGAUACAAAUGGAAAACCACUUUACAUCCUUACAUACGGGAAGCUGUGGACAAGAAGUAUGAAAGUGGCUUACAACAUCCUACAUAAACUAGGCACCAAGCAAGAGCCAAUGGUCAGGCCUGGAGACAGGGUAGCACUUGUUUUUCCAAACAAUGAUCCUGCUGCUUUUAUGGUUGCAUUCUAUGGUUGUCUGUUGGCAGAGGUAGUUCCUGUUCCUAUUGAAGUACCCCUUACUAGAAAGGAGAUAAAGCAACGUUUCCUCCGACUCACUGUGAGCAACGCCAUGGGAGAUCUGCUAGCUUUAAUAAUAAAAAUGGAUGCUGGAAGCCAACAAAUUGGUUUUCUAUUGGGAAGUUGUGGUGUUACUGUAGCAUUAACUAGCGAUGCUUGUCAUAAAGGUUUGCCUAAAAGCCCAACAGGGGAGAUUCUACAAUUUAAAGGUUGGCCACGGUUGCUGUGGUUUGUAACAGAAUCUAAGCACCUAUCUAAGCCACCCCGGGAUUGGUUUCCUCAUAUCAAGGAUGCAAAUAAUGACACUGCGUACAUUGAGUACAAGACAUGUAAAGAUGGCAGCGUGCUAGGUGUGACUGUGACACGAAUUGCACUCUUGACUCAUUGUCAGGCUUUGACUCAGGCCUGUGCAUAUACAGAAGCGGAAACCAUAGUGAAUGUAUUGGAUUUUAAGAAGGAUGUUGGAUUGUGGCAUGGUAUUCUUACGAGUGUUAUGAACAUGAUGCAUGUUAUCAGUAUUCCAUAUUCAUUAAUGAAGGUGAACCCCCUUUCAUGGAUACAGAAAGUCUAUGCAUAUAAGGCUAAAGUGGCAUGUGUGAAGUCCAGGGACAUGCAUUGGGCCUUGGUUGCACACAGAGAUCAGCGAGACAUUAACCUCACCUCACUACGGAUGCUAAUAGUAGCAGAUGGAGCUAAUCCUUGGUCUAUUUCUUCCUGUGACGCAUUCCUUAAUGUCUUCCAAAGCAAAGGAUUGCGUCCAGAAGUAAUCUGUCCUUGUGCCAGUUCUCCAGAAGCUUUGACUGUAGCAAUUCGAAGGCCAACAGAUGAUACCAACCAGCCACCUGGCCGAGGGGUGCUCUCUAUGCACGGCUUGAGUUAUGGGGUGAUAAGAGUGGACUCUGAAGAAAAGCUGUCGGUCCUGACUGUGCAAGAUGUUGGCCUGGUGAUGCCUGGAGGUGUGAUGUGUGUUGUAAGACCAGAAGGAAUUCCAUUACUCUGUAGAACUGAUGAAAUAGGCGAACUUUGUGUGUGCUCCAUUGCUGCAGGUACAUCCUACUACGGUCUAUCAGGAAUGACGAAGAACACUUUUGAGAUGUUCCCAAUGAUGAGCUCAGGAGCCCCUAUCAGUGAAUAUCCAUUUGUCAGAACUGGACUCUUGGGUUUUGUUGGCCCUGGCGGAAUGGUCUUUGUUGUGGGAAAAAUGGAUGGCCUGAUGGUGGUCAGUGGGAGGCGGCACAAUGCAGAUGACAUUGUGGCAACAGCACUUGCAGUGGAACCAAUGAAGUUUGUCUACAGAGGAAGAAUAGCUGUGUUUUCUAUAAAUGUUUUGCAUGAUGAGAGGAUCGUAAUCAUUGCUGAGCAGAGACCAGAUUCUACUGAGGAAGAUAGCUUUCAGUGGAUGAGUAGAGUCCUUCAGGCCAUUGAUGGUAUUCAUCAAGUAGGGGUUUACUGUUUGGCUCUCGUACCCGCUAAUACUCUUCCAAAAACUCCUCUUGGAGGCAUACACCUCUCAGAAACCAAACAGUGCUUCUUAGAAGGUUCCCUCCACCCAUGCAAUGUGCUAAUGUGUCCGCACACUUGUGUAACAAAUCUGCCCAAGCCAAGGCAGAAACAGCCAGAGAUCGGCCCUGCUUCUGUUAUGGUUGGAAAUUUGGUAUCAGGAAAGAGGAUUGCCCAAGCGAGUGGAAGGGAUUUAGGACAAAUUGAAGACAAUGACCAAGGUAGAAAGUUUAUGUUUCUUGCUGAAGUUCUUCAGUGGCGUGCACAAACUACUCCUGACCACGUGCUAUUCACAUUACUGAACUCUCGGGGUACAAUAGCCAAUUCAUUAACAUGCCUUCAGCUACAUAAACGAGCUGAGAAAAUAGCAGUUAUGUUGAUGGAGAGGGGGCACCUACAGGAUGGAGAUCAUGUGGCUUUAGUUUAUCCACCAGGAAUAGACUUAAUUGCAGCGUUUUAUGGAUGCCUGUAUGCAGGCUGUGUGCCAAUAACAGUCCGUCCUCCACACCCGCAGAAUAUUGCUACCACGUUACCCACAGUGAAGAUGAUUGUGGAGGUCAGCAGAUCAGCAUGUAUAAUGACAUCGCAAUUGGUAGUAAAACUUCUAAGGUCGCGGGAAGCAGGAGCAGCAGUUGAUGUAAGAACAUGGCCUCCUGUUUUAGACACAGAUGAUUUGCCAAAGAGACGGCCUGCCCAGAUUUAUAAGCCCUCCAAUCCAGACACUUUGGCUUACCUUGACUUUAGUGUAUCUACGACAGGAAUGCUGGCAGGAGUGAAGAAAAACUACUGCUGGGAGGUUGAAGACUCUUACACAGGAGCACCUGGCAUAUAUACACAAGCCUUGCCCUCUAUUUCCAUCAAUCAGUUCACUCAUAAUAUGUCCCAUGCAGCAACUAGUGCCUUGUGUCGUUCGAUAAAGCUGCAGUGCGAGCUUUACCCAUCCCGAGAAGUAGCAAUCUGCCUGGAUCCCUACUGUGGUCUUGGAUUUGUUCUUUGGUGCCUCUGUAGUGUCUACUCAGGGCACCAGUCAAUCCUCAUCCCUCCUUCAGAACUGGAGAUAAAUCCUUCACUCUGGCUCCUGGCUGUCAGUCAGUAUAAGGUUCGAGACACUUUCUGCUCGUACUCCGUUAUGGAACUCUGCACAAAGGGGCUCGGCUCACAAACUGAAUCACUGAAGACAAGGGGAUUGGAUCUAUCUCGUGUACGAACCUGUGUUGUUGUUGCAGAAGAGCGGCCAAGGAUAGCUCUCACCCAGUCUUUUUCUAAGUUAUUUAAGGACCUGAAUCUUAAUCCAAGAGCAGUUAGUACAUCAUUUGGCUGCAGAGUGAAUCUUGCUAUUUGCCUUCAGGGUACGUCAGGACCUAGAUAG